AUGGCUGAGGAGCUUAAAGUUGGUGUUAUACCAGGAGACAUAGUUGUAGCGGGAACCGAUGGAUUGUUUGACAACCUCUACGAAUCCGAAAUUGAGGAGUUGGUUUUCCGGGGAAUCCACGUCCGGGGCAAUUUUCAAGCAGAACUGGCUUCCAUUAUAGCCAAGUUUGCUCUUAUUAACUCUAUGGACAGGCUUGCUGUUUGUCCUUUUACCAUAGCUGCGCAAGAAGCCGGACUUGAAUUCAUGGGAGGUUGGAUCUUCAUCCUGAGGAUCGGAGUUGUUGUUUAUGAAGUUGUAGAAAGUAAGCAAGUUCAUGCUGCUUUAGCGAGAAUUGGAUAUGGGUCUGCUAUGGUACUAAAGAAUGACCUAAUAGAUUUGUAUGGGAAAUGUGAUAGAAUGGACAUGGCUUGUGACGUGUUUGAUAAAAUGCUUGAAACAAAUGUUGUUUUGUGGACGGCUAUGAUGUGUGAGCACUUGCAGCAGGGUCGUACUAUGGACCUCAACCUUAAUGAGCUUUGUCGUCCUGACUCGGGGCCUAGAGAUGGGUCGAUUCUACGUUUACAACACCAGUACCACUCUCGAGAAGUUUGGGAAGCUGAUAGCACGCGGCCUGUGGAUUCAAAAAAAGUCAGAGUUCGUAGUGCCAAGAAAGGUAUACGAGCAUUGCCAUGGCCGUCACCUCCUGUUUUAGAGUUGAUACGGCGUGCCCGUUUAAAGGGCUUUUGUUCAUUGCCGUUUGUGUCCGUGGAUUGGGGUCUCAUUACGGCACUUUUGGAGCAAUGGCGGCCUGAGACACACACGUUCCACUUGCGGCCCGGUGAGUCCACAAUCAUGUUACAAAAUGUUGAGGUUUUGUUAGGCAUUCCGGUUGAAGGUAAAGCUGUGACUAAAAAUACAAACUUGAAGCCCCGUGAUUUGUGUAAGCAUUUAUUGGGGGAACAACCUAUAGAAGAGUCGGACAUAAAUGGGAUGAAUGUUAAGGCCAGCUGGUUAAGUGAUAGGUUCACUGGCCAAGUAGAGGAAGGGGCUGACCCAGAGGUUGUUGCACGCCAGGGGCGCGAGUACUUGUUGUUGCUUAUGGGAGAAACCAUAUUUGCUAACCACUCAGGGGGAUAUGUGCACUUGGCUAACCUAGAACGUUUGGAGAACUUUGAUGAAGCUGGGACAUACAGUUGGGGCAGUGGUGCUCUUGCCAAUCUCUACCAUAACCCAUGUCAUGGUUGUAAGGCUGGCACCAAACAGAUUACUAGCUGCUUCAUACUGUUGUGGGACAAUGUGUUUCAUUCCCUUGACUUGGCGACCCAUCUCGUAGGCACUUACAAGUACCACCUUGACAUCCAGAGACCGGAUGAGGUCAUUUGGACCCCAUACAGUGAGGAGCUCCUUGAGUCUCUACCAGAAUAUUGUUGGGCUGGCAGAGCUAUUUGGCGGGCUAAUGUUCCCCUAAUAUAUUAUGCUACUUAUCAAUAUCACCAGCCCGAGCGAGUCAUGCACCAAUUUGGUUUCCGCCAAUGCAUUCCCCCACCGUCUCGCUCUCUAGAUCCGCCGCACGGCAAAACCCUUCAAAGUGGUGCGUUAGAUUGGGCCUUGAAGUAUCAGACAAUUAUAGAAGUUUGGAAUAAUAGACUUAAUCUAGUUGUACCGCCGGGUGAUAUCGACUUAGUUGAAUACCCCUUCGAAGACCCUUACGUGGCUUGGUAUGAUAGGAUUACCAGACAUUGUAUUAGCCAUGUUGGUUGUGGUAUAGGUGGAGUGACUCGUUGUCUUAAGGCCCUCAAUAUGCCAGGGGUUCCCGCCCCUUACCAAGAUGUUGCUUUGGCGGGGCUUAUGCACAUGGGCGUGUUCGGAAAGUUUUUGCACCUUCAACCCCCACAACACGGUGUUUUUAAGGGCAACCAAGAGUUGGGUAAGCAAGGUGAGGGCUUAUUAGAGGAAGAACUCCAACCACAAGACGAUGCAGCUGGCCACGGACAUGACCAUCCUCACGUGGAACACCCCGACGAUAAUAUUCCAAUUCCACUACAUGCACCACCACCACAUGAACCUAGUUUUUCUCCUCUCCCACAUUUUGCCUCAUUUGUGAUGAGUCCGUCUAUUUUUGACUCUCCAAUAGUUGAACCGACAGGUGGUGGUGGUUCGUCAUCUCAGACUUGUUCACAUUCAGAGGUACCUUGGGAGCAAUUAGAAGUGGUUGGAUUUGGUGCAAGUACAUUCAGUCAUGAUAGCUUCGUGCAGGCAAAAAGGAUAAGGAUUGAUGAGAAUAGCUUAGGGAAUGCAAGAGGGUCGGUUGGAGAUGGAGAUAUCACUCAAGUAGGUUUGGACGCCCAAGACUUGCACGUUGACCCGCAACAUGAGGCAGAGGUAGAGUUGGAUUUUGUGUUGAAUAAUGAUGGUCGGGAUGAUGAGGUUGAGGAAGAGGCGGACUUUCAGGAUUCAAUUGUAGGGGGAGACAGAGAGGGUGAAGGAGAGGUCACUCAAUCUACUACUAAGACUCCUGUUGUUGCCCAACGUAGGAGUAAGCGGCAGAGAAAGAAGCCACGUUGUGGUAUGUGUGGCACAAUGUGCAAGGAUGGAGGGGGAAAGACUAAGCGGGCUUGCCACUAAAGGUAGGGUAUGUGCAUAUUAUGCUAUUGGUUUUUUUGUUUAAUAUAGAUAGCGCUAGUACUUUUUGUUGAAGAUGAAGAUAUGACUUUAUUGGUAAUAUUGGUGGAAAUCAAUUUAAGUUUGUGCUCCGAUAACACUCCUUUUCUUGGCAUGAAAGACAUGUA